UUGUUGAUCUACAGCAGCUGCUAAUGGAGAAGCUCAAUUCAGACUCGGGCUGUGAUUCUGUGACUGAUACAGAGGCAGAAGACGAGAAGAACCCAGCUUACUCCUCCACACUUGCCAUGAAUGAAGAGCAUGGGUCAUCCAAGAGUGUGGGGGACCAUCCAGUGGUGCAACCUGACCAUAUACGUUGUGGGGUGCAGACAACAGUUUAUAUUAUCAUGAAAUGCAAACUAGAUGGCAAAGUGAAAACCGAAGUCGAGUUCUCUCCAGAGAAUGCGUCAUCUGUGCGUGUACUGGCCAAAAUGGAGAAUGAGUACACGGUCUCGGCGGAGGCUCCAAAUUUAACUUCUGGAACAGUGCCUAUGCAGAUAUAUUCAGGGGACUUGAUGGUGGGAGAAACAAGCAUCAUCUAUCACACAGAUAUGGAGGAAGUCAGCAAUCUGUUGGCUAAUGCAGCUAAUCCAGUGCAGUUCAUGUGCCAGGCCUUUAAAAUUGUGCCAUACAGCAUAGAAGCACUGGACAAACUGCUGACUGAGUCACUGAAGAAGAACAUUCCUGCCAGUGGUUUGCACCUGUUUGGAAUAAACCAGCUGGAAGAAGAAGAUAUGACAACAAAUCAGAGGGAUGAAGAGUUGCCAACAUUGCUUCACUUUUCUGCAAGAUACGGGCUGAAGAACCUCACUGCCCUGCUGCUUACCUGCCCUGGAGCACUGCAGGCCUACAGUGUAGCCAACAAAUACGGCCACUAUCCGAACACGAUAGCAGAAAAGCAUGGCUUCAAAGACCUCCGCCAGUUCAUCGAUGAAUAUGUGGAAACUGCAGAUAUGCUGAAGAGUCACAUUAAAGAAGAGCUCAUGCAAGGCGAGAAGGAUGAGUCUGUUUAUGAGUCCAUGGCUCAUCUGUCCACUGACCUGUUGAUGAAAUGUUCCCUGAAUCCUGGCUGUGAUGAAGAGCUCUAUGAAUCCAUGGCUGCCUUUGUCCCUGCUGCCCCAGAAGACCUUUAUGUAGAGAUGCUUCAGUCAAAACCAGACACUCCGAUCGACAGAGAUGAAGUUUCUCUAACUACAAAAGACUCAAUGCUCCGCAAGUUUUUAGAAGGUAGUAAUGCGGAUGUGCCCGAAUCACAGGAAGAAGUGUACCAGCAGUGUGAUGAGGGAGAUCUCUACUAUUCAGUGGAACGAAAUACUAUUCCACAGGAAAUGGCUAGCAGACCUCCAGUUCCUGUUCCAAGACCUGAAUCCAGCCCUCCACAGCCAGACAAUGAGCUGUACAUCUCCAAAGUUUUUGCACAGAAAGCUCAAAGACCUGAGAACUACUAUGUCUCUAGAGGAAGGAUUAAGAAAGAGCCAGCGGUGAGGCCUGUAAGGGACCUGUCCCAAUCAAGCAUAUAUGAUCCAUUUGCUGGAAUGAAAACACCAGGUCAACGGCAGCUGAUCACAUUACAAGAACAAGUGAAGAUGGGAAUACUCAAUGUUGAUGAAGCUGUACUUCAUUUUAAAGAGUGGCAGUUGAAUCAGAAAAAGAGAUCAGAAUCAUUCCGCUUCCAACAGGAAAAUCUGAAACGGUUACGAGACAGCAUAACACGGAGGCAAAUGGAGAAGCAAAAAACAGGCAAAAAUGCAGAUUUGGAAAUAACUGUGCCCAUUCGUCAUUCUCAUAACACUUUGGGGAAACCAGAAUGUGGCAUAUAUGAAUAUGCCCCCCGGAAAAACAUUUUCCCACCAAAAAAAGAGAUUAAGCGAGGAGACUGGAAAACAGAAAGCACAUCAAGCACAACAAGUAGUGCAAGUAACCGCUCUAGCACUCGGAGCAUAUUGAGCGUCAGCAGUGGGAUGGAAGGGGACAGUGAGGACAAUGAAGUCCCAGAAGCAGCUAGAAGCCACAGCCCUGUUGCCCACCAAGCAGAGAGGCUGCCUCUCCUGCUGCCUGAAAGGCCUCCCAGAGUGCCGCCCCGAGGCGCGAGCAGGCCUGUAAGCAGUGAAGGCUUUUAUCCUCCACCUGUGCCCCCAAGAGGUCGCUGAAUCUUUCAACAUCUGUGGAAUAUGAUUUUUUUUUUCUGUUUGGAUGUGUUUGUACAGAUAUCUUUGGAUUGUUUUAAAUUAUUUAUAAGCAGGAGACAAAUGUUUUAUUCCCCUUCCUCCAACAUAAAGCUCUGCGACCUUUCCCAUGAUGUUU